AUGGCUUACUGCGACCGCUGCGAACGCUACUUUCCACACGACCGUGCGCUGGAGCAACACGAACAGAACUCAGGCAAUCACAACAUCUGCGACGUUUGCGACCGCGACUUCGAGACGUUCUACCAGCUGAAGCAGCACUGGGGCGCCUCUCCCAGGCACCACUACUGCCAGCACUGCGACGAGCACUUCGACGACGCGGACGAGCUGGUGGAGCACUACGAAGACGACCAUUACUACUGUGCGACCUGUCGCAAGAUCUUCAACUCUGCGCUCGGUUUGCACGAACAUAACCGCCAGUCGCACCACUACUGCCCCGACUGCCGCCGGCUCUUCCAGAAUGAGAACAACCUCCGCAACCACCUACGUUCUGGCGCCCACGCCGCUGCGAAUAUCCCCUGCCCGGGCAGGGACUGUGGCAGGAUGUUCGUCAGCGCCGCCGCACUCGUCCUUCACCUCGAAUCCGGAACCUGCCCCUCCCGUGUCACGCGCGACCAGGUCAACCGCGCAGUCGCGCAGUUCGACAGGGAGAACGUCAUCACCAACCCUGCGAGGAUGAUCGCGUAUGGCGAGGGCGGCUCCGGGCGGUCGACGACGACUUGGGCGACGGACCUUGCGUGGAACGGGAGCGCGUUCGAGUGCUUCCUGUGCCACCGCGAAUACCGCUCCCUGCAGGCACUCAACCAGCACCUCGCGAGCCCCGCGCACGAGGAGAGGAUGUACCGCUGCCCGCGCGGGUACUCGGGCUGCGGCGCGGAGUUUUCGACGCUGAGCGCGCUGUGUCAGCAUGUCGAGAGCGAACGGUGCGACAUUCGCAGGUUCAACAGCCAGAUGCAGAACUACCUCGGUGACCUAACGAGCAACAUGAGACGACUGGCCUGGUGA